GUAAAUUCCUGCGCGGGUGGCGGCCGACGACGGUCUUGGUCUUGGUGUUUGGAGGCUCGUACCCCCGUUUCUUCUUCCUCUCCCACCCCCAUUUCUACUUCUACUCUGUGUCCUCCGAUCGCACCUAACGGCCACAAACAGAGGCCUCGUCACCGGAGGGAGGCGGUGAGAUCUCCCGGUGGCAUGUCGUUAGAUUCGGACUCCUCUUCGCAGGGCGGCCACCGCCGGAGCUUCCGGCAGAUCACACGAGACCGAUUAUUAUUUGAAAUGCUCAGGUCGACUAGGAAGGGUUCAAAAUCAGCAUGGAAGGUUCUUAUCAUGGAUAAGUUUACAGUCAAGAUAAUGUCCUACUCCUGUAAGAUGGCGGAUAUCACAGAAGAAGGGGUUUCAUUGGUUGAAGAUCUAUACAAACGGAGGCAGCCAUUACCUUCACUGGAUGCUAUAUAUUUCAUCCAACCAACUAAAGAAAACGUUGUUAUGUUCCUCUCUGACAUGUCAGGAAGAAGCCCGUUAUACAAGAAGGCAUAUGUGUUUUUCAGUUCUCCCAUACAGAAAGACUUAGUUGCUCAAAUAAAAAGGGAUUCAAGUAUAUUACCUCGUAUUGGUGCACUCAGUGAGAUGAAUUUGGAGUACUUCCCUAUUGAUUCCCAGGGUUUCAUAACUGACCAUGAAAGGGCAUUGGAAGAGCUUUUCUGUGAGAGUGCAGAAGGCUUCAACAAAUACAAUGCUUGUUUGAAUGCAAUGGCUACUCGUAUAUCUACAGUAUUUGCAUCAAUGAGGGAAUUUCCCCGUGUGCACUACCGCAUUGCCAAGACCAUUGAUGCUUCUACAAUGACAACACUAAGGGACAUGGUACCCACAAAGAUUGCUGCUGGUGUAUGGAAUUAUCUCUCCAAAUAUAAAACGUCAAUUCCUGAAUUCCCGCAGACAGAAACUUGUGAACUUCUCAUAGUAGACCGUUCAGUAGAUCAGAUUGCACCAAUAAUUCAUGAAUGGACUUAUGAUGCCAUGUGCCAUGAUCUGCUAUGCAUGGAUGGUAACAAGUACGUACAUGAGGUUUCAAGUAAAAAUGGUUCAGCCUCAGGAAACAAGGAGGUCCUGUUAGAGGACCAUGAUCCAGUUUGGCUUGAACUUCGACAUUCCCAUAUAGCAGAUGCAAGUGAAAGACUUCAUGAUAAGAUGACACAUUUUGUCUCGAAGAACAAAGCCGCCCAACUACACCAAGUGAGAACUGGAGGAGAGCUAUCAACUAGAGACCUACAAAAAAUGGUUCAAGCUCUUCCACAGUACACAGAUCAAAUUGACAAGCUUUCGCUGCAUGUCGAGAUUGCAGGAAAGCUCAAUGCCAUAAUAAGGGAGCAAUGUCUUCGAGAUGUUGGACAACUAGAGCAAGAUCUUGUAUUUGGUGAUGCUGGGACAAAAGAAUUGAUCAAUUUUUUUCAGACACAAUUGGGUGUAAGUCGUGAAAAUAAGUUGCGUCUGCUCAUGAUUUACGCAGCAAUCAAUCCAGAGAAGUUUGAAAACGAUAAGGGUACAAAAAUGAUGCAGCUGGCAGGAUUAUCUGCUGAUGACAUGAUUGCUGUGAAUAAUAUGCGCUGCUUAUGCGCUGACACAAAAAAGUCCUCAGGAGGAGGUUUUACACUGAAAUUUGAUGUUCAGAAGAAAAAACAUGCACAUAGAAAAGAGCGAACAAUGGAACAAUCAGCAUGGGCGCUGUCCCGAUUUUAUCCGGUUCUGGAGCUCUGGCCGCCCACAUCUGCAGACCUGUUCACCUCUUGCCCCACGCGCGGCUCUCUGUACUGCUGCAACUAUCUUUCUUGCCUGGCUUCCUGUUGCCCCACGUGUUCUCUCCUCCUUCCAGCUUGCAUUGCUGCCUGCUGCCCUGCAUCUCGCUUUCCUCAACAGCUGCUCACAUUGGAAUUGAUUGAGCAGCUCAGCAAGGGUGAAUUACCAAAAGAUGAAUAUAACUGCAUGAACGACCCUAGUCCCAGUUUCCAUGUAGUACCUACCACUACCAGUACUUCAGCCCGCACGAGCCCAGCUCACUCGAUGAGAUCUAGGAAGACUGGUGGAUCAUGGGCUAGGCCUCGUGGUUCUGAUGAUGGUUAUUCAAGUGAUUCUGUAUUGAAGCAUGCAUCGAGUGAUUUCCAAAAGCAUGGCCAGCGUAUAUUUGUUUUUGUCAUUGGUGGUGCUACUCGAUCAGAGUUACGCGCUGCGCACAAGCUUACAUCGAAGCUGAAGCGUGAGGUCAUCCUUGGUUCGUCCAGCCUUGAUGAUCCCCCCCAGUUCAUCACAAAACUGAAGAUGAUGUCAGCCGAAGAGCUGACACUGGACGAUCUUCACAUAUAAAAAGCAUUAUGCACAUGUACUCUGGGGCUUCAUCAGGAAUUCUCCUUUAUUUUGGUAUUUUCUUUGUGAUCGUUUGGUUUGUUCCACACUAGUUGCAUCAAAACCACAUGCUAUCAAUCUGUUAAGCUGCAUAAUAUUCAUUUUGUAAGGACUGACUUCCCAAAACCCGCUACUUAUAAUUGAAUGGAUGUACAUAACAGUGGCCAGAAACUGUAACUAUGUGGUUUUAUUUAUUUGGCUCACAGUUCAUUUUUCUCUCUA